UCGGGCUCCUGACUGUUGUGUGUAGAGUGUCCAGUGUGUUGUCUCUUUGGAUCCCCCAUUGCAAAUCUGUUCAGAAAAAAGUGACUUUUGAUUUCAAAUUACCGGUGCAAAAGUGACCGAAAUUGUGUUCGCCGUUUGCGCAACGACUUUGUGAAUCCUGUUGGAACCGUUUUUGCCAGGUGUAACGUGUAACCGUGCGUGAUUUAGUGGUGAAAAGUGGCCUGGAACCCAACUCGAGUGGAAUUUUGGAUUAAUCAAACCAGACCCCUGAGACUAGACUAAAGAGUCUGGGUUGUUGGGUGCAAGGAGGAGAAAAGAAGGAGAGCAGUCGACUCUGUCGGUGUGUGCGUGUUUAUGAAGAAGUUUGCCCGUUUUUCUUCAUCGACAGCGCCGCCGUCAUCGUCGUCGUCCUCGUCGUCGUUGUUCGCGAUCACUGGCUGGCAUUAAGGCAUGCAUGAAGCUAUUGCCCCCCCGAGCGAGAGGGCUCCGCUAGCUGAAGGCAUGUUGUGAAAUGUUUGCUGCACCUGGUGUAAAGUUGCUAAACCCGCAGUCGUCGUAGGCUUGGAAGUGGCAGAGCUGAGCGUUUAAAAAAAAAGAGUUAAUAUUAAAAUUGUGGAAGCAUAAUUGAUAGUUGAUCGUGUGAGAAGUGGUGAAUUUUCGUUGUUUUCGUUGGCUCGCUACACAAUUUUGUACUGUGGAGUUAUUAAUCGCAUUCUGCCGCGAAUCGUGUGCGUGUGUGUGGUUUUGAUAAAGUGGAAGAAACAAGAUAAAAGAGGAAGAAGCCGAUAAAUCCGGCGGUCGGUGGCACAACCAGCAUGGAAACAGUGGCCACCGUUGCCAGUAGCUUAAAGUCCGAACCCUGUGGUCAUGGAAUAGGUUUAAAGUUGUUCUCUGAUGGUGGGCGACCGCUGCUGCUGAAACAACAGCAACGCCGACAAAAACAACAAAAGCUGCAACAAAGCUAAUGAGUUCGGAUUCCAACAGGUUCGGUUCUGUCUGUGGUAUAGCUUUUGGGUAUCGUUGAGUUGUGCUGUGUAUGUGUGUAUAGUCAAGUCAUGCCAUCAUGUCCGCUUCGUCAACGCGACUGCCACUGAAGAAGCGCAAGAAGAAGCCCCCAGUGAAUGAAGAGAAGAAUAAAAAUAAAAUUAAAAAUUAAGAUAAUAUAAACGAUCAUCAUCAGCGGGCGCGUUCUCCUCUAAUACCGAAGCUGCCGAAAGAAAGAAAUCAGGAUCGAGAAUCUCAACAGCUCAUCACGACUAACCGCGAAGAAGCCGUCGAAAAAGAGCAUCGUAGGGAAGAGGAAAAAGAAAAGAUCUGGUGAAAGAACCCGUGUGUUGGGAAACCGCUAAGAAAGGAGAAAAAGAAAAACAAAAAAAAACACUCAGUCAACUAUUUCCAGCGGAGAUCGGUUGGCAAUCCGCUGCAGUAGUAUUCGUCGUCAUCGUAAUCAUCAUUUUUCAUUUAGCUUCCCCCUGUUCGGGAGGAGCCUCUAAUCUAUAUCGGACCUCUGUAUAGCAAUCCGGUCGGGAGAGCUUUAGCCACCCGCCGAUAAUAUGGAUAAAUUUCUGCCGCUGCUCGUGCUGUUCUACAUUCUCAACCACAAACUGGAUGGCGUCGCCGGUGAUCAGGUUGUUCUCCUGGACACGACAAAGGAGGCGACCUUGGAAUGGACCCGGUAUCCCUAUGGACCGCAAGCGCAGACUCCCGGUUGGGUGGAGGAAUCGUUCACCAAUUUUGUGAAGGGCAUCAACUGGCGCAGUUAUGUGGUGUGCGACGUGGCCUACAACAACGUCAACAACUGGCUGUGGUCGCCGUUCAUCGACCGGGGACCGGCUAACAGGCUGUACAUCGAGAUUCACUUCACCAUCCGGGAUUGUUCACUGUUUCCGGGUAAUGCCCUCUCGUGUAAGGAGACGUUCAGUUUGCUGUUCUACGAGUUUGAUGCAGCGACGCGAGAGCCACCUCCUUGGCAGCCGGAAAGUUAUAAAUUGAUCGGCCGGAUCGCUGCCGGUGAGGGUCGGUUCAACCAAAACUCCGAUGUGGACAUAAAUGUGGAAGUUAAAAGUAUAGCCGUCACAAAGAAGGGUGUCUAUUUUGCCUUCCGGGAUCAAGGAGCCUGCAUCAGCGUGCUAGCCGUGAAGGUGUACUAUAUCACGUGUCCGGCCGUCACGGUAAAUUUUGCUCAUUUCAAUGAGACACCGACCGGACGGGAAAUUACAAUCAUCGAGCAGCAGACGGGUAUUUGCGUCGAGAAUGCGGAAGCAUACGAAACACCGACCUAUCUGUGCAAAGGGGACGGUAAGUGGACGAUUCUGAGCGGUGGAUGCCGCUGCAAGGUUGGCUACGAACCGGACCAUGAAAAACAGACCUGCAACGUUUGCCCGGUGGGCAAAUUCCGUUCGGCGGAAGUGGAAACCUGCACGAUCUGUCCACUGAACUCGAAAACCAACAAAAUCGGGUCACCAUUUUGUCCCUGCCUGAGUGGACACUAUCGUCAUCCGCGGGAUGGGAAACACAUGCCAUGUUACAAACCUCCAGGACCGCCAACAAAUCUUACCCUGCUGUUUAUCGAUCAAACCAGUGCCAUUCUUUCGUGGAACGCACCGCAGCGAGCGGUCGAUGAACAGCUGGAUACGAAGUAUCGAAGUGACAUUGUGUUUCGGAUAAAGUGUUCGGCAUGCACAUCCAAUGUCGUGUUCAAUCCGUCCACGGAAACGUUCAAUGACACGAAGCUGACGCUGACAAAUCUGGAACCGGUAACCACCUACACGGUGCAGAUUCACUCCCAGCAUGGAGUGUCCUAUCUUAUUAGUCCCGAACCGCCGCAAGGCGCUAGUGGUGGUGCCGGUUAUGACAACAGCAGCGGAGGUUUCAAUGGAAAUCAUUAUCAUCAUGCAACGGAAGCACCCAACCAGGCUCGAUCGUCAUCCGAUCUGGACGACAUCAAGACCGAGUUUGCGGAGAUUACGUUUACCACUGAAUCGGCCAUCCUCAGUACGGUCUUCAAUGUGAAAGUAAUUGCCAUCACCAACAGGGAGGUCGAUCUGGUUUGGGACAAACCGAUGCACAGCGAUUCACCAAUCGAGUACUACGAGGUACGGUGGUUCCCGAAGUCGGAGGUGGACGCUAUGAACAAAUCGGUGCUGAGCACCAAAGAAUCCAAGAUUCAUAUCAGCGAACUGCAGGAGAACACCGAGUACGGAUUUCAGGUGCGGUGUAAGACGCUAAACGGCUGGGGCACCUUCAGUAACAUCGUGUACGCUCAGACGCAUCAGAGUGUCAGUCCAGUGUACGACGAUUCCUUUCAAAUGCGAAUUGUUGCUGGUUCAACAGUUGCAGUUGUUUUCAUCUUAGUCUUAGUGAUCGUUGUCACCGUUCUAUUUCUGCGCUCGAAGAGCCACGACGACAUCGAUAAAAAGACCAACAAUCAUCUACCGCUGCCGUUGGACUACGCCAGCAACGAAGUUCACGCAAUGGACACAACGCCGAUCGUGAAAACGAUGAAAAACAAUGGUGGUUCUUACGGGUAUUACCGACCACGUCGUAACAAUUUUGCAGUGACCACGCCACUGUUCGGCACCAGCAGAAGCUACGUCGACCCGCACACCUACGAGGAUCCGAACCAGGCGAUUCGCGAGUUCGCCCGGGAGAUCGAUGCCAGCUACAUUACGAUCGAGGCCAUCAUCGGAGGAGGCGAAUUCGGGGACGUUUGCCGAGGGCGGUUGAAGAUUCCGCCGAACUUUGUCCAGGAGAUCGACGUUGCCAUUAAGACACUGAAGCCGGGUUCGUCGGAGAAGGCCCGCUGCGAUUUCCUGACGGAAGCAUCCAUCAUGGGCCAGUUCGAUCAUCCGAACGUGAUCUACCUGCAGGGCGUAGUGACGCGCUCGAAUCCGGUGAUGAUUAUCACCGAGUACAUGGAAAAUGGCAGCCUGGAUACGUUCCUUCGGGCCAACGACGGUAAGUUCCAGACGCUGCAGUUGAUCGGAAUGCUUCGGGGGAUCGCCGCCGGAAUGUCUUACCUAAGCGACAUGAAUUACGUCCACCGGGAUCUGGCGGCGCGCAAUGUGUUAGUAAAUUCCUCACUAGUGUGUAAGAUUGCCGACUUUGGACUGUCGCGGGAGAUCGAGAACGCGAGCGACGCGUAUACGACGAGGGGAGGCAAAAUUCCCGUUCGCUGGACAGCUCCAGAGGCGAUAGCGUUUAGAAAAUUUACGUCCGCUUCGGACGUGUGGUCUUACGGUGUGGUGCUGUGGGAGGUGAUGUCGUACGGUGAAAGACCGUACUGGAACUGGUCCAACCAGGAUGUGAUAAAGAGCAUCGAAAAAGGCUACCGGCUGCCAGCCCCGAUGGAUUGUCCGGAGGCGCUGUACCAGCUGAUGCUGGAUUGCUGGCAGAAGCAGCGAACCCACCGGCCAACGUUUUCCAGCAUUACGCAAACGUUGGACAAUUUAGCACGACAGCCGCAGGUGUUGCUGACGACGCGGAACUCCCCGGAUAACCCGGUGACGCGACUCGGAAACGAUCUCAGCGACGAAAUGCUGGCUGCGGCACAGCAGCGGAGUAUGCUCGGUGGUAUGGGAACAACAGAGCGGAUAUUGAACAAUGGCGGCGGUGGUUCUGGCAGCGCCGGUUCCGGUGGUAUACCGGGUGGGGUUGGCACCGUCGGUAGUGUGGGGAUGAGUGCAGCCAGCAUGGGUACGCUAGGGUCCACUGUCGGUGGACUAAGUAAUACCGGGACGAUGACGGGCACGGGAACAGCCGGUGGUGUGUUUAUCAGCACCGAUCUGUGGCUGGAGAGCAUCAAGAUGUCCAGGUAUUCACAGCAUUUCAAGGAAGCAGGACUGGCCACGGCUCAGCAGAUAUCACGGCUAACGGCCCAGCAGUUGUCCGAUAUGGGUAUCACCCUUGUGGGACACCAGAAAAAGAUUCUGCACCAAGCGCGACAGAUAGAUACCAUAAUUUAAUUACGAUAUAAUGGCGCCGUUAGAGAGACGCCUGUCUACGAUUGAAUCCGCUACCAGACUUCUCUCACCGAGUGACACAUGACGACGAAACACGCUCCCCGAAGCUAGAAGCUAGACAACACCGUACCAACCAACUAUAGUCCAAACAUCACACCUAAAUCGGAGCUAGCCAAGCUGCUGAUUUCUAUUUCACACACAUUCUACUACUACAACAAUCGACUUGUCCAAGGUCCCAGUUCAAAGCUAGAUGCAUUUCCACGGCUGUGCAUCUUACAUGCGUGCACCUACUUAUCUGAUAAUAUUUAAGUUCUUUUCAAAUUAAAAACACGAAGAAAAAAAGCAAACAAUCGAACGCAAAGUGAUGCCAGUGCCAGUUCCAGUGGCAUGCCCCGUGACUGUUUUGUAUAUUGUUUUUAUGUUAAUUCUACAGUUAAGCGAAAUAAUUUAACUUCUAACUGAAUCGAGAGAUUAUAGGAAUGCAUUUAUACAAAGUAGGCUUAAGUUCGGAUGGAGAAAAGAAAAAAAAACAUUAAUUUAAACAUCAGCAGCAGUAUACUCCACACAAAAGGAUUGUUACUUAAACAAAAUACUUCAGGCCAAAAUUAUAAACUAAAAAACAAUUUUUCCCUUAAUUUUUCGGUCAUCUAACCAAGCUAGAGUGAAAAGAAUAGAUGAUAACAACAGACACACACAGAGAGAGAAAGAUAAAACGACAAACAAUGUGAUUUUUUAUACAAUAGCAAUAGAUAGAGGAUCGUUUUUUUUGCUUAGUGUACAAUACAAUCUAGUAUUGCAACUACUUCCACUACUGCUACAACACUACAACCACACUGUCACUAGUGCUACUACAACACUUCAAAUUGACGAAAACACAACAUACACACAUGCGGAGAAAACAGAUAAAAGAAACACCCCCUUUUAAAACGAAACGGCUGAUAUUAUUCAAUGGAGGAGAGUAGUAGGAGAGCACAUUCAACGAUUUGGAAUAGUGCAAAAAGUGAUACGGGAUAUGUAUAAUGCAAGCAAAACAUUACAGCAAGAAUACAACAGUGAGAAUACAUUCGCAUCUAGUGAGUAGGGUACUGUAACACGGGCCUUUGAGUGCGUGUGUGCGCGUGAGUGUGUGAUGUAUGUAUGAACGUACGUGUAAUCGUGGUGGGUAAGAGAAACUGACAGAGAAAGGACUGCGGGGCUGCUCUGUAUCAUAGAAUAUAGGAAAUUACCGAUAGGCUCUCGCUCGAGGCAAGGAGAAUCUCAACACAACACAGUCCGACUGAAAAUGACUGUUUUAUUUUGUUUAUUUUUUUUUGUAUCUUAUAUGAUCCAUCUGUAGCAGUCCUUUUUUCCUGUGUAUAGCUAGAUUUAUUCGCUUUAUUUUAUUGCUAUUUUACGCUGUUUAUAUUUUUAACUUAAUCGAAAAUCGUAGAGCAAAAACAAGACGUAGCUUUAUUUUUUUGUGAAAUACGGCCGCUUUCUUUUCUGGUAUGUAAUA